GAUGCAAUUCAAAAAAAAACGGUACAGUUAUUGUGAUUGAAACCUGUGAUUAAGAAGCACCAUUGGAUUCUUGAAAAAAAGUCGCAUUCUGCUUUUCAAUAGCAUAAAGUGAUAUUUUGAAUUACCGGUUCAGUGAUUUUCGUAAAUAGAGAUGGCACCCAAUAUCUCGAGCAAAAAUUCUGAAAUACACGCGGAGGAAGAUUUUCAAAAAGAGGAAUCUUUAAUCACCACGAAGAGGACGGAUAAUAAAAAUAAUAUACAAAAUCGAAACGCGACACAUAUAAAAUUCAAAGAAUUAUUUAAGUUCAAUACGGAGUUGAAGUGGUUGAAUGUCAUAUCCAUUAUUUUUCUUCAUAUGAGCAUGAUUUAUGCCUGUUUCACUUUUAAAUGGUCCGAAGAUCUCAGGACUAACAUUUGGAUGCUCGUCAUGUGUAUAAUACAAGCGAUCGGUGUUACUGCUGGUGCUCAUCGUCUUUGGACUCAUCGAGCUUAUAAAGCAAAAUGGCCACUCAGAAUUAUACUUUUCAUCUAUUAUGCUGCGGCUGGUCAGAAUAAUCUUUAUGAGUGGGUGCGAGAUCAUAGGGUGCAUCAUAAAUACACGGACACAGACGCGGAUCCACAUAAUAGCAACAGAGGAUUUUUUUUCUCCCAUGUCGGUUGGUUGAUGAUGAAGAAACAUCCAGAUGUCAUUCAAAAGGGUCGUCAAAUCGAUAUGAGCGAUAUAUUAGCCGAUCCUAUCACCGCGUUUGGUUGCAAAUAUUUCUCGAUAUUUAAAUUCGUCUUUGCCUUUUUGCUACCGCUAAUAGUGCCUGUUUAUGGAUGGAAUGAAACUUGGUCCAGAGCCUUUACGUCACAGAUUAUACGUUACGUUUUAAGUUUAAAUUGCACAUGGAGUGUUAACAGUGUGGCUCACAUCUGGGGUUCAAAGCCAUACGAUGCGUACAUAAAUCCGACAGAAAACAAAUUCGUCGCCUUUGUAGCGCUCGGUGAAGGCUGGCAUAAUUAUCAUCACGUGUUUCCGUGGGAUUACAAGGCGGCCGAAUUAGGAAAUUACACGCUCAACCUAACCACGAUGUUCAUCGAUGCCUUCUCAAAAAUCGGCUGGGCGUAUGAUCUCAAACAACCUUCCGAAGAACUCGUAAGAACCGUCGUAAUGAAGAAAGGUGAUGGGAGUCAUUCUCUGCAAAGUGUAUCGCAUCCAGAUAGCAAAAUGGAUUAAUAAUUUCUGUC